AUGCCCGAUCCCAAGGAAGGGAAGCAGGCAACACUGGGGUACGUUAAAGCUUCCCAAUUGACACUCGGGAAGUUUUUUGGGUCAAAUUCCGACGCACCCAAAAAGCAGACAACGCUUAGUUUUGGCGGCAAUCGAAACAAGCCAGGUUCAUCCACCAGCAACCCGAAGAAGGAUACCUCACCUGAGGUUCAAAAUGGGACAAGUGACAAGGAUGUCAAUAUGACAGAGGAUUCUGAGGCGAAGCCUGAGGAGGUGGCCCAGGAUGGCGAGGGUGCGAACCAGAGUUCCCAUAAAAGACACAAGAGCGAGGAAUCAAGCGAUAGCGAAGAGAGCGAUGAUGUACAGCCUAAUCAUAAGAGACGGCGGACCACGUCAGACAAACCCAGCGCGGCUAAAGCAGAGUCCAAACCAGCUCCCAAGGGCUCGAAAGAGCGCAAAGUGGCCAAACCAGCUCCUACACCAAAAGUUGUUGAAACGGCGUCUGGAGAGGCAAUUCCAGAGGACCCUGAUGUCUCGGAGGCCGAGGUAGGACUGUCUGCCAGUGAGGAUGAGGCGGAAGAGAAGCCCGAGCUGAAGAAGAAAGAGAUUGAGAAGGUCCAAGCCACUCUAAAAGGAAGCGGGAACGAUCCAUACCCUGAUUGGAAAGCAGGUGAACCGGUCCCAUACGCUGCAUUAUGCACAACAUUCUCUCUGAUCGAAAUGACGACGAAACGACUUCAAAUCCUUGCCCACUGCUCGCUUUUCCUCCGACAAGUCCUUCGUCUAACUCCCCGAGAUUUCCUUCCCACAGUGCAACUCAUGAUCAACAAACUUGCCGCAGACUAUGCUGGAAUCGAGUUAGGAAUCGGUGAGUCUCUGAUCAUGAAGGCUAUUGGUGAGAGCACAGGCCGUAGCCUGGCUGUUAUCAAGGCGGAUCAGCAUGAAAUAGGAGACCUAGGGUUGGUUGCAGCCAAGAGCAGAUCAAAUCAGCCCACAAUGUUCAAACCAAAGGCGUUGACGGUACGAGGGGUUCAUGAAGGGCUACUCGGUAUUGCAAAGGUUCAAGGCCACGGCUCCCAGGACAAGAAAAUAUCCGGGAUCAAAAAGCUGCUAUCUGCUGCAGACACAGCGACUACAGGGAAAGGAAGCAAGGGAAUCGACAUUAACAAAGAUAAGGGCGGUCCAAGCGAAGCCAAAUAUAUCGUGCGGUUCCUGGAAGGCAAGUUACGACUCGGAUUAGCAGAAAAGACGGUACUCGUUGCCCUUGCUCAGGCUGUUGUUGCUCACGAGUCUGCCUUAAAGGGCGAGAAAGCCCCAUCCGCUGAUAAACUGGCCGAGGGUGAAGCAAUUCUGAAAACGGUGUACAGCGAAUUACCUGCCUACGAAGUAAUAGUUCCCGCCAUGCUCGAGCAUGGGCUGUCCAACCUGCAUGAACACUGCAAGCUGCAACCAGGAAUCCCGAUCAAACCUAUGCUUGCUAAACCAACUAAGUCCAUCACCGAAGUUCUAGAUCGAUUUGAAGGCAAAGAAUUCACAUGCGAGUAUAAAUACGACGGCGAGAGAGCUCAGAUCCAUUAUGUUGCGCCUGAUCAAACGAAGAACUUCCCCGGUGCCGAACUCACAUUGAAGGGAGACAGCGCUGGGCUUUCCUCUAUCUUCUCUCGUAACUCCGAGGACCUAUCGAAGAAAUAUCCCGAUGUCCUGGCUAAGCUCAGCACAUGGAUUAAGCCCGGUGUGAAGAGCUUUGUGUUGGACUGCGAGACAGUCGCCUGGGAUGUGGAGACCAAGAAGGUUCUCCCUUUCCAACAGCUAAUGACUCGAAAGAGGAAAGACGUCAAAGCAGAAGACGUCAAGGUCAAAGUUUGUGUGUUUGCAUUUGAUCUCCUUUUCCUAGAUGGAGAGCCGACGGUGAAGAAGUCACUACGAGAGCGCCGUGAGCUCCUACAUGAGUCAUUCCAAUUGACCGAAGGCGAAUUCCAAUUCGCCCAAUACGGAAACACGAACGACCUAGAUCAAAUCCAAAACCUCCUCGACGAGAGUGUCAAAGCCUCUUGUGAAGGUUUGAUGGUAAAAAUGCUUGAUACAGAAGAGAGCGGCUACGAGCCAAGCAAACGAAGCCGAAACUGGCUCAAGGUAAAAAAGGACUACCUCGCGGGGGUCGGCGACUCUCUCGACCUCGUCGUCCUCGGUGCCUACUACGGCCGCGGAAAACGCACAUCCGUCUACGGCGCCUUCCUCCUAGCCGCCUACAAUCCUAACACCCAAGUAUACGAAUCAAUUUGCAACAUCGGCACUGGCUUCUCCGAAACCGUCCUCGAAGAGCUCCACGAAACCCUCUCCCCACUGACAAUCGACCGCGCCAAACCCUUCUACUUACAUUCCACGGUACCCAAAGACCAACCAGACGUCUGGUUCGAGCCCCGUCUCGUCUGGGAAGUCAAAACCGCAGAUCUAACCCUUAGUCCCCGGUACAAGGCUGCAGCGGACGAGUUCGUUGGCACAACAGGUGGUAGUGGGAAGGGCGUAUCCUUGCGGUUCCCCAGAUUCAUUAAGUCGAGGGAUGACAAGAAGCCCGAGCAAGCGACUACCACCAAAGCUGUCGCGGAGAUGUAUAGAAAACAAGAAGCUGUGACGAAGGAGAGCUCAGGCAAGGGAGUAGAUGAUGACUUUGAGUACUAA